AUGCUAAUUACAUUUAUUAUAACAAGUAUUCUAACACCAAUAUAUGCCUCAAAUCAAGUUAAAGUUGAAGAUUUAUUUAGAACUCUAUCAAAAACAAAUCAAUUUGAUAAUAUUCCGAAACCCCCAAAUAUCAUAAUAAAAAACCUUUCUAUUAAUUUAGACAAAUUAAACUAUUCCACAAUUGUAUCGAAAAUUAAAGGACUUAGCUUCAAUAUCACAGCUGAGGAUGAUGUAAAAGAUACAAGAAGGCUGGCAUGGAUAGGGUCCAGGUCACAAUGGAGGCAAGGCUCUAAACUUCUAGUUCAAAACAAGUUAUAUGACUUAAUGCUCCAACUUAUAUAUAUGGCGCGCCAUAAAAUAAAGCAAGUGGAGAACGAGGCUUACUAUAAUCCAGCGGACACUUCAUACCGUAUAGCUUUUCUCUACCGACGCUUAAGACGUAUAUGGAAGAAAAUGCUAGAUAUAUAUACGACGAUGAUCAAAAAAGAAAAUGCAGGUGGAGUGUUCUUGACAGUUAACCCAUUUUUAAUCUUACAUCACAAGGCGGUGAAGUUACACGUUGACUUCGUCUAUCUUUGGUGGGUACUAGUGAAGUUGCAUGAGAGAUAUGACUAUCGACAUGGAAUAUUUAUUUCUGCACCGCCAAAUGUUAAUAAAAAU